GGCCGGGGAGACGUCGACCAACGGCAGCGCCGGCGCGCAGUCGACUAAUUCGAUUCGAUUCAAACAGCCAUCCGUUUGAAAUAAAUUAUCAAUCUUGGAUGGAGGCGAUUACGCUUGGAAGCAAAUCACCUCUUUCUAUUUUGCAAGCAAAUCACCAAGUAACUAAUUCAUGAAAGCGGGCAGAAAUUAAUGGCAAGCGGCGCCGGCAUAAACUAGCAGGUGACUUCAUUAUCCCUUUAAUUAACCAUUAAUUUAUGGUCUAAGCUAGUAUUAUUAAAAAGUAAAAACAGAUCUGAACUACGUAAUGGAUGAGCAGCUCUAUAUAUAUCAAUCCCAUUUCAUAUAUAAAGUCAAUAUUACACAAGAUAUAUGAAGGAAAUUAAGGGCCACCAAAAUCCAGAAACAAACAGUUAGCAAGCUAGUAAUUAUUUAAGCUCUAUAUAUUGAUAGUUGAUUACGUGAAUUACAAGUUGAACUUCAUCGCAGCUAUGUCAGAAAUUAGCAGCAGCAGCGCCUCGCAAGUCAUUACAUGCAAAGCGGCGGUAUGUUGGGGAGUAGGAGAAGGGUGCAAGGUGGAAGAGAUACAUGUAGAACCACCACGAAAGGGUGAAGUUCGUGUCAAGAUGCUCUAUGCCAGUCUCUGUCACACUGACGUCAUCAUCUCCAAAGGAUACCCAUUUCCUGCUUUCCCUCGCGUUCUUGGACAUGAGGGCGUCGGUGUGGUAGAGAGCGUCGGAGAGGGAGUAAACGCCGAGGAUUUCAAACAAGGAGACAUUGUGAUACCAACGUUUGUUACAGAGUGCCAAGAAUGCGAGAAUUGCUUGUCAGGCAAGACCAACCUGUGCCUCAAAUAUCCAAUGACCUUCAGCGGUCUAAUGCUCGAUGGUACUUCAAGAAUGUCAACUGUCAAGGGACAUAAGAUGCUGUACCACCUCUUCACUUGCUCCACAUGGUCCGAGUACAUGGUUGUCGAGGCCCUUUUCCUAGUCAAGCUCCACAACUGGGGUGCUCAUGAUACUACCAAGCCACCUCUGUCCCAUGCUAGCUUCCUCUCCUGUGGGUUCUCUACUGGACUUGGGGCUUCUUGGAAGGAAGCUAAGGUCGAAAGAGGAUCAACUGUUGCUGUUAUUGGUCUUGGUGCUGUUGGAUUAGGGGCACUUGAGGGGGCUAGAAUGCAAGGUGCAGCUAGGAUAAUCGGUGUCGACAAAAAUGAGAUGAAAAGAGAAAAAGGAAUUGCUUUUGGAAUGACUGAUUUUAUAAACCCUGACAAUAAUGAACACGAUCAAGGUCAUAAAAAGUCGAUUUCUGAGCUCAUCAAAGACUCUACAGAUGGAAUGGGUGUAGACUAUUGCAUUGAGUGCACUGGCGUUGCACCUUUCAUGAAUGAAGCCCUUGUGGCCACAAAAAUGGGUAAAGGAACAGCAGUCCUGCUAGGAACCACAGGUACAGCAGCACCCGUUCAAAUCGAUUUUCUGUCCUUAAUGGUCGGCAGAACCUUGAAAGGGUCCAUAUUUGGAGGGCUCAAAGCCAAAACCGACCUUCCCAUUCUAAUCAACAAAUGCGUGAAUAAGGAAAUGCAACUGGGUGAACUCUUGACUCAUGAAAUUCCUCUCGUGGAUAUCAACCACGCAUUUGAACUCUUAAAGCAGCCAGAUUGUGUGAAGAUUGUCAUCAAGAUUUGACACUGUUUGUUCGACUACGUUUUUUUGUUAGAAUAAAUGAGUUUCAUUGUUUCUUCCCAGAAUGAUGCUGAUGCUCAUCCAUGUGAACAUCUUAAACCUACCAUUUUCUACUUCAAGUAAAUUGGAGUAACCUAUAAUAUAACUUCGUUUUUCCGCUUC